AUGUCAAUAUCAAAUCUCGAUAAAUUAGUGCCGACUAAAUAUGGUUGGCACGUGCGUUUUGAUAAACAAUUUGAUCCAACAUGGAAACCAUUUUCACGACCAAAACUAAGACAGGCAAUUGAAUAUGUACCAUUAUUUAUGAGAUAUCUUCGAGUAUGGUAUAAAUUAAAAAGAGCAAAACGACGAGCACAUAUGGAUUUUCUUAAUCCAGUUCCACUUCAACAAAUCUAUGGCGCACCUAUUGGUGGUGUAGGUUGUGGAACAAUUGGUCGAGGUUUUCGUGGAGAAUUUUGUCGUUAUCAACUUGUACCCGGUCUCUAUGAAUUUAAUACUGUCGAUGCAAAUACUUUUACUGUUUGUAUUCGUCGUCGAAAUACAACAACCUAUUGUCAAGUAUUAACACCAUAUCGAUUAAGAAAAAAAGGUUUACGUUCAUGGAAUUGUGCAUUUCCAAGAGAAAAUGGUCAUUAUCAAGCUUUAUAUCCUCAAUCAUGGACAACAUAUGAUUUACCCAAUCAAAAUAUUCGAUUACUAUGCAAACAACUUUCACCUAUUAUUCCACACAAUUAUAAAGAUUCAUCUCUACCAGUUGCUUCUUUUCUUUGGUAUAUUGAAAAUUUAAAUGAUGAACCUGUUGAAGUUAGUCUGAUGUUUACAUGGCAAGCUGGUUCAGCUUCUCAUGAAUUUUCAUGUCGAGAUGUAUCACAUGAAUCUGUUGAUGUUACUGAUGAUGAAAUAUCAGCUAGUGGGAUAUCAAUCAAACAAACGUUACGUGGUAUGAAACUUGAAUAUUGUAUCAUGGGAAAAAAACAGUCAGACAAUACAAUUACAACACGAACAAACUUUAAUAUUAAUUCGACUACAGAUGGACGUGAUGUUUGGCUUGAUCUAACUGAUGAUGGUCGAUUAACAGAACCGCAAAAUACUCGAUCAACAGCCGUUCAUACAGCUAGUUGUGUAUGUAUAACAACUACUGUUGAACCAAAUUCUAUAAAGACAUCUGAAUUUGUUCUUGCUUGGCAUAUGCCUCUAAUUAACUUCGGUCUUGGACAAAGACAAUAUCGAAGAUGGUAUACAAAAUUUUUUGAUAUAGAAACACUUACUGGAUCAACUCUAUGCGUAUAUACAAUGAAGAAUCGAACACAAUGGGAAGAAGAUAUUGCAAAAUGGCAACAACCAGUUUUAGAUGAUCAAUCAUUACCGGAAUGGUAUAAAAGUGCUUUAUUUAACGAGUCUUAUUUUAUUGCUGAUGGUGGUACUAUUUGGCUUGAUGUAAGUGAAGAUACUACAUUGCCUGAUCAUGUUAGAGAAUGGGGUCGAUUUGGUUAUUUAGAAGGUCAUGAGUAUCGAAUGAUAAAUACAUAUGAUGUUCAUUUUUAUGCAUCAUUUGCUUUAAUUCAAUUAUGGCCUCAAUUAGAAUUAAGUAUUCAAUAUGAUUUUGCUAGUUCAGUAGCUUAUGAAAAACGUGAAACUCGUACUUAUUUAUUUCAUGGUCGAGCAGCUCAUUGGAAAACAUUACAUACUGUUCCGCAUGAUCUUGGUGAUCCUGAUGAAGAACCAUGGUUAUUAAUUAAUGCUUAUAUUUCUCAUGAUACAGCUGAUUGGAAAGAUUUAGGUUUAAAAUAUUUACUUCAAGUAUAUCGAGAUUAUGUUUAUACUCAAAAUAAACAAUUUCUUAUUGAUGUAUGGCCAACAGUAAAAAUGGUUACUGAUCGUGUUAAAAAACAAGAUACUGAUGGUGAUGGUCUUGUUGAUAAUGGUGGUUUUGCUGAUCAAACAUAUGAUGCAUGGACAGCAACUGGAGCCAGUGCAUAUUGUGGUAAUCUUCAUAUUGCUGCUCUUCGUGCUUGUGUUGAAAUGGCACGAAUGAUGGAUGAUACAAAUGCUUUAGAUGAAUAUGACGUAUGGCUUAAAUUAGCUAAAACAUCAUAUUCAGAGAAAUUAUGGAAUGGAACAUAUUAUAAUUAUGAUUCAAGUUUAUCACGUCAUCAUGAUUGUAUUAUGUCGGAUCAAUUAGCUGGUUUUUGGUAUUUACGCUUAUCUGGUCAUAAAUAUGACGAUUUUGAAAAAGAUCGUGUUGAUAGUGUACUUAAUACAAUAUUUAAUAUGAAUGUUAUGACAUUUGGUCAAGGAAAACUUGGUGCUGUUAAUGGAAUGACUAGUUUAGGACAAUUAGAAGUUGUUAGUAUGCAAUCGGAAGAAAUAUGGACUGGAGUUACAUAUGGAUUAUCAUCGACGAUGAUUAUGGAGGAUUUGAAAACCCAAGCAUUUGUUACAUCUGAAGGAAUUUAUAAUACAUGCUACAAUGUAGCUGGUUUGGCAUUUCAAACACCUGAAGCAUUGAUGCGUGAUGGUCACUUUCGAUCUUGUGGAUAUAUGCGUGCAUUAUCUAUUUGGGCAAUUCAAAAGGCACUCGAAUUAUCACGUUUAGAAUCAAAUACUGACAGUAAUAAUGUAGAUAAACAUUAG